UCAAGUCAGAGCACAGCACGGCCCCAGACCUUGUGCCUUCCCUUCCACUUGAGAACUACUGCACAUCGAUCACAUUGGAAGGGUCAGGUGCCUUAUUGCGUAGUUAGGCAGAGGAAAGGGUCCACGUACUGCCGGUUCCUUCGAUUAUUCCUUUUUUACAAUGUCAAUCCUUCCAACAUCACCACCGUCUUCUCAUCCGUCAAACAUCCUGAAAACCCUUCACUCCGAGAUACCCUAGCAGCCAUCCUAUCAGCAGGACACCUCUAUCUUAUAACCUAGAGACCACGUCAACCCGCUUUUCGACCAAACUACUUACUCUUCACAUCUUUAUCUCUCUGCCAUCAUCCAUCUCGAAUAUUAUAAUCUCCACGUCCCAUCUCCCGGACCCCUGAUCUAUUUGCUACCAUACCAGUUACAACGUUUGUCGAACACUGAGCCCAUCAGAGAUUCUCACCAAAGACUUCGACACCAUGUCUGAACAACAGCAAAACAAAGCUCCCAUCACCAUCGACACCACCAGGGCGAACACCACCCACAGCGAACAACAACAACAACAACCGGUACAACAUCGCAACUCAGAAACAGCAACCCCCACAUUCACCAACUUCAGUCCCGUCUCGGCUGAUUCCUCUCCCACCUCUCCGGCAGACCGUCGGAUGAGUGCCGAAUGGGAUGCCUCCAAAGUGCCACCAAGCCGCUUCCAAAAGCGCAAGGGAUCCAUCUACGCCGUGCCCAAGACGCGGGACGGCCAUGUUGACAACAACUACGCCACUGCCUUCCAUCAGAAACACAUGGAGAAGGGAUAUCAGAAUGUAAAGUAAGCGAGCGACUGAGUGGAUUGGGUUGGGUAAACAACGGCGCGCGAAGGAAACAAGCGUAUGAACAUUGAAGGAGGAUCUGCUACGAUGAUAUCCGGUUGUCCAUGAGGUUGAGCUGGGUUUUAUUGACUGUGUGCGUGCUGGGAUAGCUUGUUUAUUGGAUGGGGGAUGCGUUAUACGACAUGGUUGAUUGUUAUCUUGCUGAUGGGCUGUAUUAUCACCAAUUCCGAUUGAUGGCAUUUGUUUUCUGUUUUGAAUCAGGAACUUCCCCUCACUAAGAUAUGAACCAAGAUCUUCUUCACACGCAAUGGGCAGCAGAUGUGCUGGUUGCUAUCGAGAGUGUUCUAAUUUCGAAACGCAUAGAUGUA